AUGGCACUACAAGAUCUUGCCGAAAUCCGACUUGUAUGCAAAGCAGAUUAUUUUGAUCCAAAAUUAAAAAGGAAACUUCAUGAAAUUCGCGAUAAAUUAAGACAAAUACUUCAUAUCGGUCGAAGAAGAUUUGUUUUAAAAAAAAUUCAACCGUGGAACAGUGUGAAAGUUACAUUUGAUAUGCCGAAAGAAGCAGUUGAUAGACUUCGUUUACUUGCUACAGAAGAUAAUUUGCACCUCGUGGAACUUGGCAUACUCAGUGUAGAAAUUGUUGGACAAACCAAUGUGAUUCUUGUGAAUAAUAAUUCAUCGAUAACGAACAGUAAAACCUCCUCGUCCUUUAGUUCAAAUCUGAUGCAAAAUUUCUCAUUAGAUACAGCAUCUAAUAAAGAAGAUGCUAAACGAGUUAACAUUGACAAUAAUGUUAAUCAACAAAAUCAUUUAUCUUCAAUUUAA